AUGACAACACAUCUUCCGCUUGUUCAAACAUUCAAAGUCCUCGUCGUCGGAGAAUCAAGUGUGGGCAAGAGUUCGUUAAUGAAUCGAUUUGUUCACGGAGUAUUCAACACAGAACACACAGCGACAAUUGGUGUCGAUUUUAAAAUAGCUAUUGUUAAUAUUGGAGAAUAUAAAUGUCGAUUACAAAUCUGGGAUACUGCUGGACAAGAACGGUUCCGUUCGAUCACAAGUAGUUAUUACCGAGGCGGUGAUGGAGUAAUUAUUGUUUAUGAUGUGACAAAUAGCGCGAGUUUCGAUUAUGUAAAAAGUCAGAUUUCUGACAUGGAACACUACUGUGAUGAGGCAAUACCGAAGAUUCUCGUCGGAAAUAAAAACGACAUCACCAACGAAACAAACAAAGUUGUUUCUACACGCGAAGCAUCAACAUAUGCUCAGGAAAAUCAAUUCAUCUUCUUCGAAAUAUCCGUCAAAGACAAUAAGAAUGUAAAUGAAGUAUUCAACGCCAUAUCACGCCUGAUACUUGAGCGGCGACUUCAACAAUCUGAAUGUUUACAAACGAUGUCGAAUAAUACACGUAUUGAAUCAACAAAGAAUGCGAUCCCGAAGAGAAAAUGUUGUCGGUAUUAA